AUGUCAUCUGGAAUCCACCACAUUGAAAAGUCUCCAGCAAGCAUAGAGGACACUGCCAAAAACGAUGAUUUCAUGCAGGCUGCGACUGAGGCUGCCACGACUGAACACACCAUGACGGUUAGAGAAGCCAUGCAGAGAUACCCCAAGGCCAUCUUGUACUCAGUCGGCUUAUCUCUGGCCGUCGUCAUGGAUGGCUACGACAUGAGCCUUAUGCAGAACUUCUUCUCUGUAGUCCAGUUUCGCCACAAGUAUGGCCAUUCGCUGACAAAUGGUGACUACCAACUCAGUUCGACAUGGCAGUCCGUACUCAGUGGCAUCUCCUCAGUUGGUGCAUUCUUUGGUCUCUUCCUCGCCGGCCAGCUGGUCGAAUAUUUCGGUUUCCGACGUACCAUGCAAGUGGCUCUGGUUUUCAUCUCCAUGGCGAUAUUCAUCGUUUUCUUUGCUCAAAACCUUGCAAUGCUGGCGGCCGGGCAGCUUAUCUGCGGCCUACCAUGGGGAAUGUUCCAGGGGAUGGCCAGUGUAUACAGUGCCGAUGUCGCCCCCCUCAGUCUCCGUUCUCUCCUCACAAGCUACAUCAACUUGUGUUGGGCAUUUGGAGGGUUUGUGAGUGUGGGUGUUCUGACUGCCUGUCUGCAACGUACGGAUGAGUGGGCAUACCGUAUCCCUUUUGCGGUUCAGUGGAUAUGGAUCCUGCCCAUUGCAGCCAUAGUCUAUUUUGCGCCCGAGUCUCCCUGGUGGCUCCUGCGACAAAACCGUCCCGAUGAUGCCCGAAAAACCCUACGCAGACUUGCUUCAUCAAAAGUCAGCGAUAAAGAGGUUGAAAGUUCUCUAAAGCUGAUUCAGCUCACCAACGAACAUGAAAGGUUGCUACAGGCUGGCACAGGUUACAUGAGUCUGUUCAAGGGGACCAACUUGCGACGAACAGAGAUCGCUACCAUCACCUGGGUAUGCCAGGUGACCUGUGGUACUUGGUUCGCCAGCCAAAUCACGUAUUUUCUCCAGCAGGGCGGACUUGAUGAGCAAGAUUCCUUCUCAUUUGGCCUUGGCAUGACGGCUCUAAACUGCCUAGGAACCAUCAUCUCUUGGUUCGUAGCAAUCCGCCUCGGCCGGCGCAAAUUGUACCUACUAGGCCUGUUGGGCAUGUUGCUGUCUGAAGUCAUCGUUGGGUGCUUUGGUAUCCCCAAUGUUGCUGGAUUAGGCCUCGUCUGGGCUUCUGGCGCCGUGCUAAUCGCCAACAACCUCAUCUACUAUCUCACCAUAGGUCCCGUGUGUUUUACAAUCAUCUCUGAAAUUCCAUCAGCUCGGCUAAGGAAUAGGACCAUAACCUUUGCUCGAGCCUGCUACCUAGCCGCCGCUGUGGGUGCACAUUUUUUGCAGGCAGCCCUUGUCAAUCCUACCGCAUGGAAUCUGAAAGGGCGGGGAGCGUUUGUCUGGGCAGGUUUUUGUCUCGUCUCGUUGGUGUGGGCCUUUUUUAGACUUCCAGAAACUAAGGACAGGCUGGCUGCCGAGUUGGACAUUCUCUUUGAGAAACGAACUCGGACUCGCAAGUUCAAGACCGCAACUGUUGAUCUUCGUCAACUCUUAGCCACCAAAACUGAAGAGAACUGA